GCCGGUGAUACAAAGGGUGUGUCUUCAGCAUUACAUUUCACAAAAUUGUUGUUGGAUGAUCACAUUCCUGAUAUUGAUGAUUUUCGAGAGCGCUAUAUGAUCAUGAUGCAACAACAAUCGCCAUCCAUUAGCGUAGUUUCAGGCGCAUCUAAUGCAUCCGCCUCCACUUCUGAUGAUUUUGGUUUCACUAGAGCACUUUCAGAGCUAUCCAUUACGAAAGAGGUGCGUGGUUGUUGGUUCUAUGCUGAGAUAUAUUCAAUAAUUUCAUCACGGGGUUGGGCUUACCUUGCAUGCAGCGAGUUAAAGUGUUUUAAGAAGUUGAAUGAAGAUUAUGUUUGUGAAAAGUGUGGGAUACAUAGACCUAAUGGCAUCUGGCGAUAUACAUUGAAACUCAAAGUCAGGCACGGAAAGCAUUUUGUAGAUGUCAUGUUUUGGGAUGAUGCAGCACGCCAACUGCUUGGAAAGGUUGCUGGGGAUUUUACUGAACAUUUAGAUACGGAUAAUCGUAGAACAAAAAGCUGUCCUGAGGCAAUAAAUGAAUUGGUUGGACAAGAGUAUCUAUUCAAAAUUAACCGUGCAGAUUCGGUUCCUGGCAGUGCUGGAAGAAUAUACGUCAUAAGUAUGGUUUCACAAAACAAGGAAAAAAUAUAUGAGAUAAAAAAUGCAACAACUGAAGAAUCAAUUGGCGAGGCUUACAAUUCUGAUGAAGAUCUCGAAUUGCUAUUUGAAACCGGACCGACUACUGUAGAUUCAAAUGUGAUUACUUCUGACAACGAGAAGGAUGCACUUGAUACUCCAGAUUCAGUUUUACAACGUAGAAAAUUUGGAGGAGGAACAUCAACUCCUAAUGACGAUGGCUCAACACAAGGAUCGUCUAAUAAGAAACUGAAGUCAGUGAAAAUUGAAAAGCCAUGACAAAUUUUCAGUUAUUCGUUUGACAAGAAUUCUUUGUUUGGUUUUUAUUCUUGGAUAGUAUCUGACUUUGCUUUGGUUUGAAGUUUUGUUUACCUAUUACAUAAUUUGGAUUUCAAUCGUUGAUUAAAUUUUG